AACGGAAGUGGCUGACACGUGGCGCAGGGACGAAACAGACCUGCUUUUGCAGGCCAACAAAAGAUGGCGGACUGAAAUGCUGAACGGCGUUCGAAUUUACGAUCCAACAGUUUUAUCGAUUCACAAAAAAACGUCCUUUCUAAAGUUCACACGUUGAGUUUGGAGCGAUGGCGCGUUACGUGAAGUGAAGAUUGAAGAUUUGAUGGAAGAUGGACGACUACUGCUCUGCUAAGAUGGCGACGUCACGUAAAAGAGAACAUGAAAGAGAACAUUCCAGCAAAUCACCAACGGAGAAAAAGACGAAAGAUGAAGACGUCCGGCAGCUGAUUGGUGAUCCAGAAGAACUUUCCCCUCACCCACCGUGUCGAGGCUUCAUUUUUAAGCAGGAGGGUUCAUUUCCUCCCCACAUUAAAAAGGAAGAGGAGGAACUCUGGAUCACUCAGGAGCAAGAGUGUCUUCUCGGACCGCAGGAAGCUGAUCUCAGCAAGUUGCCCCUGACUGUCGUCUCUGUGAAGAUUGAAGAUGAUGAAGAGAACCCAUCUGAGACCCUUUGUUGGUAUUGUCCUCCACGCGCCCAGCAGCUGACUGCUCAUCCAGGAGAACGUCCCCCUCGGCCGCAGGGAGGGAUCUCUACUUUGAAGCAGGAGGGUCCACAGCCCUCUCACAUUAAAAAGGAAGACUGUCUUCUCGGACCAGAGGGAGCCGAGAAGUUGCCACUGACUGUUGUCUCCGUGAAGAUUGAAGAUGAUGAGGAGAAACCACAACCAGACCACCUCUUAGCUCCACUAUCAGAUGGUGAGGCUGAAGAUGAAGUUGAAGAACCUUUGCGCAGCGAUGAUAGUGAGGCUGAGGACAAGGUUGGAGAACAUUUGAGCGGCGAUACAGACAGUGAAGGUGAUAUGAGGACUCACUCUGACAACAAACACUCUGAAUGUUCUAUAAAGGAAAGUGGUAGUUCAGUUUGUGGAAACAGCUUUUCCCCAAACAACCAUUUGACUGAACACGUGAGUACGCAAGCAGGAGAGAAAACAUUUCAUUGUACAGUUUGCGGUAAAAACUUCCCUAAAAAGAGGGCUUUUACUCGACACAUGCGGACGCACACUGGAGAGAAAAAAUUUAUAUGCUCCGUUUGUGGAAAACGCUGUUCCAUGAACACCCAUUUGACUGAACACAUGCGAUCACACACGGGAGAAAAACCAUUUCAAUGUGCAUUUUGUGGCAAAAACUUCACCAAGAAGAGCAAUUUCACUCGACACGUGAGCGUACACACGGGAGAAGACACGUUUAUCUGCUCAGUUUGUGGCAAACACUUUACUAUAAAGUCCCAUUUGACCGAACACGUGAGAACACACAGAGAAGAGAGACCAUUGAAAUGUGCAGUUUGUGGUGAAAACUUCACCGAAAAGACCACUUUUACGCAACACAUGAGUACACACGCGGGUGAAAAAGCAUUCAUUUGUUCAGUUUGUGGUAAAGAAUUUUCCAAAAAGACCACUUUUACUCUACACAUGAGGACGCACACCGGAGAAAACACAUAUAUCUGUCCGGUUUGUGGCAGACACUUUACCAUAAAGUCCCGUUUGACUGAACACGUGAGAACCCACACAGGAGAAAAACCAUUUAAAUGUGCAGUCUGCGGGAAAAACUUUACAAAAAAGUGCAAUUUUACACGACACAUGAGCACACACACAGAAGAAACAACUUUUAUUUGUUCAGUUUGUGGCAAGGAAUUUUCCCAAAAGACCUCGUUUACUCUACACAUGAGAGGACACACUGGAGAAAACACAUAUAUCUGUCCAGUUUGUGGCAAACACUUUACUAUGAAGUCCAAUUUGACUGAACACGUCAGAACACACACAGGAGAAAAACCAUUUCAAUGUGCAGUUUGUGGGAAAAACUUUUCUAAAAAGUGCAACUAUACUCGACACAUGAGGACGCACACCGGAGAAAACACAUUUAUCUGUUCAGUUUGUGGCAAACACUUUACUACACAGUCCCAUUUGUCUGAUCACGUCAAAAUACACACAGGAGAAAAACCAUUUGAGUGUACAGUGUGUGGGAAAAACUUUACUAAAAAGUGCAAUUUUACCCGACACGUGAGCACACAUAGAGAGGUAAAAACAUUCAUUUGUUAAGUUUGUGGUAAAGAAUUUUCCCAAAACACCACUUUUACUCUAAACAUGAGGACGCACACCGGAGAAAACAAAAGUAUUUGUCCAGUUUGUGGCAAACACUUUACUAUAAAGUCCCAUUUAAAUGAACAUGUGACAACACACACAGGAGAAAACCCAUUUCAAUGUGCAGUUUGUGGGGAAAAAUGUUACUAAAAGAGUAGUUUUACUCGACACAUGAGAAUACACACAAGGAAAAAAACAUUUUAAUUGUUGUGUGGUAAAGAACUUUCCCCAAAGACCACUUUUACUCUACACAAGAUCACACACUGGAGAAAAAACAUUUAAAUGUUCACUUUGUGGGAGAGACCUUACUAGUGCGAGCCUUUUGGCUCAACACUUGAGAACGCACACAGGAGAAAAAAACGUGUUCAGUUUGUGGGGAAAGCUUUUCUUGCAAGGACCAUUUAACUGGACCCAGACAACACACACAGGAAUUCAAAAAAAAAAAAAAAAUUCAGUAUGUGGCAAAGCUCUUUUUUAGAAAAAAUAGCCUUUUGAGUCGACACAUGAACAAGCAGAAAAAAAAACAUAUGAUUGUUCAACAUGUGGUAAAAAAAUGUCCCACAUUUGAAAUAACACAUAUGAGAAAAAAACCAUUUAAUUGUUCAGUUUGCGGUAAACGCUUUUUUUCCCCAGGCGAGGUAAGGCGCUCCACCAGGGGUAGGGAACCUAUGGCUCUAGAGCCAGAUGUGGCUCUUUUGAUGACUUCAUCUGGCUCUCAGAUGAAUCUUAGCUGGCAUUGCUUAACACAGGGCUGUCCAAAGUGCGGCCUGCGGGUCAUUUUUUAACGGCCCCACGGCACAUUUUAAGAAUACAAUUAAAAAAGAAUAAAAAACAUAAAAAGUGGUAUAAAAGAGCAAACAGGUGAAAUGUAACAAGAAAUGUGUUGCAAUGCUUACUCUUAUAACACAAAGCUGCUAUGCAGGCUGUUUCUUUCUUUAAAAAAGAAUAAUAAAUCCAAAACAAUGUCAUUUUGAAUUAUUGAGCUAUACAAGGCUUUGAUUAUAUCACAUUAAAUAUUCCACUUUGAGAUAUUUUUGGGGGAAAAUGUUGCAUAUUUUGUGUUAUACCAUUUAAAAAACUGAGCUGUUUUUUUUUUUUUUAAAGAAAGGCCUAAAACAAACAAAACAUAAACAACAAUAAAACUUAAAAUUGACGGAUAUAUCUGAAGUUGAUCUCGAGAUUAUUGUGCUAAAAGUAAACAGUAAAAAAAAAUGUAUAAUUUAUUUUUUAACACUUUAAUAAAUAGGACACUUUUGGAUCGCCAAUUAUUUUAGUGUGAUUUGUUUUUAAGUGUCAUUGCUCAAAAAAUAAUAAUGAAUCAAAAUCCAAAAUUAAGGCUCCAAUUAUUAUAUCAUCUCAAACAUCCCACCUAAAAAAGUUAUUGGGUGAAAGUAUUGCAUAUUUAGUGUUUUUUCCAUUUUUUUUUUUUCUAAUGUUGAUCUAGAGAUUUAAAACUUGCAUCACAAUAAAAAUUAUAAUACUGAAUAAUGACACAUUUUUAAUAUUUUUUUUUUUUUUUGACCAAAACCCUUUGGGGUCCCCGGGAUCAUAACUGAGUGGAGGCCUAAAUGUAUAUUUUUUAUACAUAUAUUGUGUUGGUUUUUAAAAUAAAAAUUAUGAAAAUGGCCCCCGCUUGCUCUGAUUUUUCAGUGUGCGGUGGACACCCCUGGCUUAACACGAUAAUUAUGAGUAAUUCCGCUAGUAAGCACAGAGCUAAAAAUAACGUUCAAAAUACAAAACAUUCUCAUGCAUUUUAUCCAUCCAUCCGUUUUCUACCAGACUUGUUCAAUAAGUCGCAUUAAUGGUAAGAAGUAUUCGAUUUAUUAUUGGUUAACUUCAGAAUAAGAAUGCUAUUAAAAUGAAUAAGGGAUGUAUUAUACUCUAAACAUGUUGGUCUUACUUAAAAAUGCACACAUUUAGUUGUAUUCAGUGUUAAAAAAUAUGAUAUGGCUCUCACGGAAAUACAUUUUUAAAUAUUUGGCUUUCAUGGCUCUCUCAGCCAAAAAGGUUCCCGACCCCUGGGCUACACGUAAUGAGACACACCGUAGUACAAAUCAUGUAGGUGUUCAACAUGUGGCACAAGAAAAGAUGCCUGACAAAUACAUUUACCGUAUUAUCCGCACUAUAAGGCGCACCUUCAAUGAAUGGUCUAUUUUAAUAUGUUGUUCAUAUAUAAGGCGCAUAGAAUAGAUGCUACAGUAGAAGCUGGGGUUACGUUAUGUAUCCUUUAGAUGGAGCUGCGCUAAAAGGAAUGUCAACAAAACAGUCGGAUAAGUCAGUCAGACUUUACUAAUAGAUUACAAACCAGCGUUCUGACAACUCCGUUCACUCCCAAAAUGAAUAAACAACUGUUUUAUUAUUUUCCCCGAUUCAAUAAACACGUAAAAAACAGUCUGAUACUGUUACGGUAAAUCAAAGGUUAGUGCAAUCACAAUAUAGUAACAUUGGAAAUAGUGCAAAGCGAUAAUUUAUCAAUAAGUCAACGUUGCUCAAACGAUAAUGUCACACAACACAACACACAAAAUAAACAUGUAAAGCUCACUUUAUUAAAGGGGAACAUUAUCACAAUUUCAAAAGGGGUAAAAACAAUAAAAAUCAGUUCCCAGUG